ACCUAAAUGAUCUGUCCUAAUCAUGCAGCCAUGCGGGCAUCAGCUGCUGUCUGAAACACUGAACUCUGAUACCAUCCCCCCAAAAAAGGUGAGAGAACAAAUGGAGCCAUCCACUGAUCCAAAACAAAUCAGGUCCUUUUCCGCUCUAACCACGAGCCCCCAGCGUGAGAUUCUUCCCGUUUUCUCACUCCCGGCCCCACUUGCACACGCACGCCUCGUCUUGCCCGGGCAGUGGCCUUUACCUUGCCCUGCACCCAAGCAAACACAGCAGCUCACCUAUCUGUUUCUCUUACCUUACCUUUACCCAUCUAUCUAUCCAUCCAUCUUGCACCCCCAUGCAUUCGUCCAUAUGAUCAGGACAUGGCAGCAUCGCCUUCGCUCCUGGACCUCAUGAGCCUCUCUCCUAUUCCUCCUCCUGAUGCCUCGUCGCCGGUGUCGGCUGGUGCCACGGUGCAGGUGGUGCCGAGGGACGUCUCCGAGGAGCUCCUGGGCAAGUUCAUGGACACCAGCGAGUUCGGCUUUGACUAUGACAGGAGCGGCCUCUGGUCGCCGCUGGUGCCGCGGCCACUCGCCUUCGCCCCGGCGAAGCCCCGGCGCCGGAGCUGGAGGAGGAAGGUUGGUAAUAUGUUUUGCUGCUGGUGACAUGCAAGCAUCGGUGUUCUGGGCAAGUGAGCUCAGGGAUUCUUCUGCAGUUUAGUCAGGGAAAGCUUAAGUCUGCCGCUGUGAUUAUGGAAAUAGAGAGAUUUCACUUUGCCCAGUUGAGGGAAUGUAAACAUAAGCUGGGCAUGUAUGUGUAUGUAGUUCAUGUGUUCAAUGAUGUACAGUUUGGUCAAGAACUCAAGAUACUAAACAUACGAAUGUACUCUUGUGACUAAAUUCUUUUCUUCUGGAAGGAGGUGUGAGUAACUUAUGUAAUUUGGCUGAUAUGUUUUCAAAUUCCUACCUAAUUUCCUGUCUUUA